AUGUCCGACAAUGCCUAUGUCAACCCAUCAUGGAAGGGCGGCGGCACGGUCACGAGCACCGUCAUCAGGAACAUCACCGCGUUAUCGCGCGACUUGUCCUACUCAGCUCAGUUCUUCGGGAAUACCACGACACUUUCCUCGAGGUUUGCCUCCGUCGAGAAUGGCGUCAUCUCGGGCUUGUUGUUUGUCCCCAACCUUCCCGAUGGCGACUCCUGUAACUCGGAGACAGCGUCCCACGUGCCCGCGUCCGCGGUCAGACUGGCCGAUCUUCCACCGAUGAAUUUACACUUGAUCGCUAUUGCACCCUGGGUGAAUGGCCAUUGUUCAGAAGCAUACUUGAACGCCGCUCGGACCACUCCGGUGCGAGCCUUCCUGUUCUACCAGCCGGGAACUGGUUCUGAUUCGCCGCCGCCCGCCGACGCCGAUGACUGGCACAUCAGCGGCGGGUCCAACUGGAUGAAGCGAGCCAGCUUCCCCGUCUUCGCCGUAUCCGGCACGGUUGGCGAAAUUGUGAUGCAGCAUCUGAGUCUGUACUCGGGGAACAUCACCGAGGUGCCGUACGGCCGUAACCUUACCGAACGCUAUCUGGCUGACCCCGCCGACUACCUCCGAAUCUGGACCGAGCUAGAGAUUCGCACGCCGCCGUCGGGCUUCGAGACCUGGGUCUACGUUCUCAUCAUCCUCGCCGUGCUCCUCACCGUCAUUACCGCCACGUCGCUGCUUAUGCACUGCGUCCAGGCCUGGCGGCGGGUGAGCUUGCGACGCCGGGUCAUAUCUGGAGAGGUCAACCUGGAAGCCAUGGGUAUCCGGCGUCUCACGGUGCCAGUGAGCCACAUCAAGCAGUUUCCCUUGUUUACGUACCAUUACGAGCCCGAGGCCAUGAGCUCACCAGUCUCCCCACCACCGGUUAGAGCAACCAGGGCUCGGACUCAGACCGGGACGAGAACCGGCAGUGUAAGUUUCGGAGACAGCUCUGUGGCGAGCCAGGCGGCACGGUUCGACGCAAUUACCGGGCCGGGCCUCGGUGGGCCGUUCACGGUGUCCACCACCGCUACGGAUUACCAGCCCAACUGCGAGAUCUGUCUCGAGAGCUAUCAAAAUCGAGUGACGAUCAUCCGCGAACUCCCCUGCGGCCACAUCUUCCAUCCCGAGUGCAUCGAUGAGUUCCUUCAGGAGAUCAGCUCCCUCUGCCCCGUUUGCAAAGCGAGCAUGCUCCCAAAGGGGUACUGCCCCAAGGUCACAAACGCCAUGGUGCGCCGGGAACGCGCCAUUCGGCGGCUGCGUGGCCGUGUGGAGAUCCAGGACGACGGCGAGGACUCAACCCCCGGGGAUCUUCCAGGCCGGUGGAUGGCCACUAAGAGCCGGCUAUUCAGCGUGGCAAGACGCGGCACGCCGUCGUCUUUCUCAACCGAGCUCGAGGACAAUAGGCCAAAGCCCGAAACGAGAGGAUCGCAGCGCAGUCAGCCACAGCCGCGACCCGAUAACCGGCCAGAUACGGACCCUCGAGGAGGAUCACCCACGGCCCUGGCGAGGGAGCGGAUGCGCGAGUUAGCCGGGUUCGGGCCGGACGAUGAGGACGCCAGUUUGACUAUGUGGCAACGGUUACGCACGAGGAUCUUCCCAGGCUUUGAUUGA